UUGUCAUCUGUAAUAAUAUAAAAGAAGGGAAAACAGAAGCCCUAGGGUUUUAGCCAAUCCCCAAAACCCAGAAAAAAAACUCUGAAUUAUUAGGGUUAGGCUGUAAAAACAAAAUGGUUGCUGAUAAGGGGAAGAAGAUGAAAGUUCAGGCAGCUACUGAAAAAGCUGGUGAAGAGGAAAAUAACCAAAUUGAUGAAGCUCUUGUUCUCUCUAUUGAGAAGCUUCAAGAGAUCCAAGAAGAUCUUGAAAAGAUAAAUGAAGAGGCGAGUGAUAAGGUCUUGGAGGUAGAGCAGAAGUAUAAUGAAAUACGCAAGCCUGUCUAUGAUAAGAGGAAUGAUAUCAUCAAAUCCAUUCCUGAUUUCUGGUUGACCGCUUUUUUAAGCCACCCUGCUCUCAGUUCACUUCUAAGUGAGGAGGAUCAAAAGAUAUUCAAGCAUUUGAGCUCCCUGGAGGUGGAGGAUUUUAAAGAUGUAAAAUCGGGUUACUCGAUAACAUUUAACUUUGAAUCCAACCCUUAUUUUGAAGAUACAAAGCUUACAAAGAGUUUCACCUUCCUUGAUGAAGGAACAACAGAAAUUACAGCAACGCAAAUUAAGUGGAAAGAGGGCAUGGGUGUAGCAAAUGGAGUCGCUCAUGAGAAGAAGGGGAAUAAGAGACCUUUGACUGAGGACAGUUUCUUCUCCUGGUUUUGUAGUUCUGAGCAUAAAGAGAUGAUAGAGGACAUGCAGGAUGAAGUAUGUUCCACCUCAGCAGACAUUGUUGCUGAGAUCAUAAAGGAAGAUUUGUGGCCCAAUCCACUCUCUUACUUCAACACUGAUCCUGAUGAAGAGGAUUCUGAGGGGGAUGAAGAAGAUGAUGUGGAUAAGGAUGGGGAUGACUCUGCGGAGGAUGAAGAAGAACAAGAUGACGACGAAGAAGAUGAAGAAGACGGUGAUGCGGAAAAUUGAAAGCUCUUUAAAAUAUGUGCUCAUUUAUGUUGAUUUUCACCUUUUGGAUAACAGCUUAUGUAAAGUAGUCUCUUAAGAGUUUCUUGAGUAUCCACAGAUGAUAGAGAGGAUUAUCAAUCUUAACUUUCUAAGAUAGCCUUCUUCUCUAUGUAGGUGACUGACUGGCUUUGUGUUCGGCCAGUGGUUUGACUUUCCUUUCCCUUCUCAGUUAAGGCCUUUUGUUUUUGUUC